AUGACGGCCUUGUCGAAUUCCCCAUCGUCCUCUCCGAACGGCCUGCAAGAGAAGCGGAACUUCUCUGGCUUCUCGAUGUCGAACAAAAGCAACAAUGGCCAUGGCCACAGUCCAUUUCCCCAGAAGCUGAAGAACUUCUUCAGGAUAAACAGCUUAGGAAGCAGUGAGAAGGAAGGGUCAUUGAAGUCGGAAAGCAAGAGUUCAUUCCGCCAGUCGAAGUUUUUUCCAAGCGUAGGCAGGAAUCGAUCAACAACAGUUGCAAGUGAGGGAAAUACGUUAGAUGAUGCUGUCAGUCCGACGGCUCAUGCAAAUCCAUACUUCGCUCAUCAAGGUCCCCCGGCUCUGCGCCAUCACAAUGAAGGUUCCGUUCCUCCGAGUCCCCCAGAUACUCCAACGCUGAAGGUGGAUGCCGUAUCAGGUGCGAACGAUCAGGCCACCAUUGCUGGAAAGGAGGAAUUGGCAAGGAAACUGAGGAGAGUUGCAAGUGCUCCCAACGCACAAGGUUUAUUUUCUUCCGGUAAGGGAGAGGGUGAUCGACCGGCAACAGCAGAGCUUGGUAAAGAACCAUUGGCGCACAAUGCAAGCACUAGCAUGCUGGCUUUAGUGGAUAAGACUGGCAGUCCGAAUGGCAAUUCUUUAGGAGUACCAAAUGGACAUGAUGGAUUAGCACCCCUGCAACCACCAAAUAUGCGAAACAUGGCCUUCCGAAGAACAUACAGCUCGAAUUCAAUUAAAGUUAGGAAUGUGGAGGUCGGUCCAUCAAGUUUUGACAAGAUAAAAUUGAUUGGUAAGGGAGACGUGGGAAAAGUGUACUUGGUGCGAGAAAAGAAGAGUAGCAGGUUAUACGCGAUGAAGGUAUUGAGCAAGAAGGAAAUGAUCAAACGUAACAAGAUCAAGAGAGCUUUGGCGGAACAAGAGAUCUUAGCCACAAGCAAUCAUCCGUUCAUUGUUACGCUAUAUCACUCUUUCCAAUCAGAAGACCAUCUGUAUCUCUGUAUGGAAUACUGUAGUGGUGGGGAGUUCUUCCGAGCCUUACAGACACGUCCUGGAAGAUGCAUACCAGAAGAAGAUGCUCGGUUCUACGCCGCAGAAGUUACUGCUGCUUUAGAGUACCUACACUUGAUGGGAUUCAUUUACAGAGAUCUAAAACCAGAAAAUAUCCUUCUUCAUCAAUCUGGACACAUAAUGUUGUCUGACUUUGAUCUUUCCAAACAAUCCGACCCUGGAGGAAAGCCAACCAUGAUUGUCGGCAGAAACGGUACAAACACGAAUUCCCUACCUACGAUCGAUACCAAGUCCUGCAUAGCAAACUUCAGAACAAACUCUUUCGUUGGUACAGAGGAAUACAUUGCGCCGGAAGUUAUCAAGGGCUGUGGACACACGAGUGCCGUUGAUUGGUGGACCCUGGGUAUACUGAUUUAUGAGAUGCUUUUCGGUACCACGCCAUUCAAGGGCAAGAAUCGAAAUGCUACGUUUGCAAAUAUUUUGCGUGACGAUGUUCCAUUCCCAGAGCACUCUGGGUCACCUCAGAUUUCUAAUUUGUGCAAGUCACUCAUUAGAAAAUUAUUAAUCAAGGACGAGAACCGUAGAUUAGGUGCAAGAGCUGGAGCAUCAGAUGUGAAAGGACAUCCGUUCUUCAGAACGACACAAUGGGCUCUUAUUCGUCACAUGAAGCCCCCAAUGAUCCCAAAUCAAGGUCGGGGCAUCGAUACAGUAAAUUUCCGAAACGUCAAAGAGAGCGAGAGUGUGGAUAUUAGCGGGAGUCGUGGUUUGGCCCUUCCAAAAGGAGUUCCGCUUGACUCUGGUUUAGCUACACCAGGUGCCGAAAUUGUGGAUCCAUUCGAAGAGUUCAACUCGGUGACCCUACAUCAUGAUGGCGAUGAGCACCAACACGAGGAUCUGAACAACGGACGUUAUGAUGGCCGAUAA